AUGACUCUUCUAACACUUGGACUGUAUCUACCACUGUGGUUCUCUUAUGGCCUGGCUCAGUCCUCUUUUCUGGACAGCUUUAUUUCAUUCCCAGCAGCUCUCAGAUCCCAGGAGCAGCAGAAGAGAUUCAACCCAUGCUGUUUACUGAGUCCGCCUCCACCCCCACUGUUUCCUCCACCCCCUUCACUUUGGCGCCGCCACGCUCAUAAUGAAGGCAUUUCACAUCAAGGUGGUGCGUCAGAGCCGGGCAAUGAGGACAAAGGUUCCGCCUGCAUCCGAGGCCCCCGUGGUCCUGCUGGUCCCCCAGGCCUUGAGGGUCCACCUGGAUUACCUGGGAUAGCAGGGCCCAAGGGAGAAAAGGGAGAAAUCGGAAGACCUGGGCAAAAGGGUCGGACAGGUCCUCCUGGUCUUCCUGGGAAGCAGGGACCAGCUGGAUGGCCGGGACCAAGCGGGCCCAAAGGUGAGAAGGGCGACCCGGGGCUGAUGGGUUUGCCUGGAGCCAGAGGACCAAUUGGGCCACGGGGUUUACCUGGGUAUAAAGGGGAGAAGGGUUCUCGAGGUGAUCGUGGUGAGAGUGGCGUGAAAGGCGACAAGGGUGCAAUGGGUUUCCCAGGAAUGCUUGGACAGAAAGGUGAAAUGGGUCCAAAGGGAGAACCUGGGAUCUCAGGAAACAGAGGACCCACUGGCAGACCAGGCAAGAGAGGCAAGCAGGGAAUGAAAGGAGACUCGGGCAGUGUGGGUCCCAUGGGACCAGCAGGCCCACAGGGACCUGCAGGCCACCCUGGUCCUCCCGGUUCGCCUGCCACAGGACUCUACAUGGUUGGUUCAAAGGGUGCACGGGGUCCACCUGGGCCUCCUGGAAAGUGUAGCUGCAGCUCUCUCAGCAGCUCCCCAUUCGACGAUUAUCCUACCAGAGGAAACUACCCCAAAGUACCAGCGAUAUUCGUUGUGAGCAAUGAGGAAGAACUGGAGCGCCUUAACACAGAUAAUGCUCUUGCAUUCCGCAAAGACCAGAGAUCUCUCUAUUUCAAAGACAUUGAUGGCUGGCUGCCAAUCCAGACUUUUCCAUUCCAGUUGACGCCGUUCCAGUCUAUGGAAAACGCCCCUGACGACGAAGGUUACUGUGGUGACGGCAUAGUGCAGAUUUCCAACGGGGAGGAGUGUGAUGACAGAAACAGAGUCGUCACUGACGGCUGCGUCAAGUGUAAACACGCAUACUGUGGAGACGGAUACCGCUAUGAAGGGGCUGAAGAGUGUGAUGGAAAGGACUUUGGAUACCAGACGUGUAAUUCAUAUCUUCCAGGGUCAUACGGUCACCUCAAGUGCACGUCUCACUGUGUUAUCGACUCCACAAACUGCAAGUACUUCACUUGA